UACAAGAAGGUAGCAAAGAAGGUUAGACCAGUCGCCGGAACUCUCCCGGAAGAGUUUCGGAUCGUUCGACGGAAGCAUCCUGAUCCGUUGAAGGACAUGCCGGAACUACCGCUGCACCCCAAGCCGUUUGUCCCAACACACCGUUUCACGCAAGAACGCAUGGAAGCUCUUGACAUCGAUCCAUGCAACUUCCUCUGGCCAGAAGAGCGCCAGCUUUUGAUCAACCUGAUUUCGAUGCAUGAGGACGCCUUUGCCUGGAACGAGCUCGAGAAAGGCGCCCUGGACCCGGAAUACUUCGAUCCGAUUUUGAUUCCGACCGUUCCGCAUAUUCCAUGGGUACAAAGGAACAUCCGGAUUCCACAGGGAAACCUCGACGCAGUCGUGAAAAUUCUCAAAGACAAAAUCGCCACCGGAGUUUACGAGCCGUCAAACUCAUCUUACCGUUCCCGAUGGUUUACCGUAGUAAAGAAAGACGGAAAGUCUCUGCGCCUGGUCCACGACCUCCAGGAACUCAACCGAGUUUCGAUCCGA